AUGGUUUCUCUUCACAAAUUGAUCAUUUUUUGUGUACUCCUUUUUCUGAUCAAGCCCAUCUCUUCGCAGCAAUCUUAUGACGAUUCCAGUUGCACUGCAGAAUCAGUUCAAAAUUCCAAAUACCUUUGCUUUCCAAAAGAUUUUCCAUGCCAUACUUACGUAGUAUACAGGGCUCAAAAGGAUUUUCAGUCUAUGUCAUCUAUUGCACCUCUCUUCAAUUUAAGCAUGUCUCAUCUCCUUGAAAUCAACCACAUGACUGACGCUGAUUCUAGCAAUCUAAAGCUAGGAAGAGAGAUCAUCAUACCUGUUCAAUGCUCCUGCGCUCGUACAUUCUCUGAAGCUAUUUUCAUGUACCAUUUUUCAAGCACUGAUUCUUUUGCUUCAGUUGCUUGUGGAGUUUUCCAAGGGCUGUUGAAAUCGCAAAGUCUCAAAGAGGAUAAUCCUGACGUUAAACGUAACGAUCCUGGAGACUUUAUGAUAAAGGUACCCAUUCGAUGUGCUUGUACCAAUGCAAAUCAAAGAAGAAAUGGGUUUAAAUAUCUUGUAACAUAUCCUGUGAUAAAGAAUGACCAUACAGAUUUAAUUGCUCGCAAAUUUGGAGUACCUGAAGAAACGAUCUGGGAUGCCAAUAAGUUGGGACCAUUUUCAACCAUUUUCCCUCAAACAAUACUAUUUAUUCCCACAAAGGAUGUUCCAGUAGUGAAAUGGGAUGUUCCUGAAGAUUUACCCUCUAGUCCUAGAGUAACGACUCCCCUUGUGAAAAUCCAACCAAGAACAGAGGAUUUUAAUGAGGGAUCUAGGACUGGUAAAGCUGUGUAUAAGGGGAAAAUUGGUGGUUCCUAUGUGGCAAUUGAACAGAUGAACACUGAGGAAGCGGCUCGCCAUGUCAUUUACAUAUUGACAAAGAUUAGUCAUUUGAACAUAGUGAAGCUUGAAGGAUGCUGCUAUGGCACUAAUCCUUAUCUCGUGUUCGAGUUUGCAGAAUAUGGUAGCUUGAGGGACUGCUUGUCUAAUGCAAAUGUUGCGAGGCAGCUUACAUGGGCAAAAAGAACUCAGAUUGCUUUUGAUCUUGCAGUGGGCCUCCAUUACAUACAUUACUGCACAAAGCCAUCUUUUAUCCAUCAUAACAUACACAGUAGAAACGUGCUUAUAACCACGGAUUGGAGGGCAAAACUUACUGGAUUUAGAUUGGCAAAACCAGUGAAUUCCAGUGAAGAAAAUGGAGAAAUUAGCUGGAAUGAAUCUGUAAUUGUGGGUAGAAAGGGGUACCUGGCACCUGAAUUCCUUACUUACGGUCUGGCUUCUCUCAAGUUGGAUGUAUUUGCUUUUGGAGUGGUUUUGCUUGAAUUGUUAUCCGCUAAGGAGGCUGCUACGGAUGGACUAUUUUUGAAGAAUCCCGUAAUUUCUUUAGAAGACGCAGGGCAUGAAUGUUCUUUAGGGUACUUGGAAAAGUUGAAGGAAUUCAUGGAUCCCGUUCUGGAGGGGAAGUAUCCAUUGGUUGAUGCCAUGUGUUUGGCAUUCUUGGCCAAGGCUUGUGUUGAGCAGGAUCCUCUUCACAGACCCACCAUGGAUAAUGUUAUAAGGGCUCUUUCAAGAUUUGUAUGA